AUGCCAAUCCGGCACAUCUACCAAGCUAUACAUCUCACCCAGAGUCUUCAAAUCAAAUUAAGGACUGCCAUCCAUCCCAAAGGAGUUCUCACAGCGACUCUAAAAUCUUCAAGGAUCUGGCCAACCUUUUCUGAUCUAUUGUUCUUUUCCACCAGACUUGGUCAUCAUGUGAUUCUGUUCAACUACUAUAUCCAUUACCCCUUGAUCUCAGAGCUAGUUAAAACCAAUGUUUCUUUCUCGGCUUUCUGUGUGGAACGGCCCGAUGACAGCACAGAAGGGGCAAUAGCAAUAGAAGCAUUGAAUCAAUUAGACAUCGCCGGCUUCCCAAACUAUGAUUUGGAGUUUAAGGUUGGGGCUCCCAUAAUGUUACUUCAAAAUUUAGGAAUUUCACAAGGACUAUGCAAUGGGACCAGAUAUCAGUUCCCCAUGGCUUUGGCAUUUGCCAUGACAAUUAAAAAAUGUCAGGGACAAAGCAUGGAUUGUGUUGAAUUAGUCUUGGAGAGUCAAACUUUUGUGCAUGUUCAUAGCUUAGGGGUAUGCAUGGAUUUAGAUUAG